GUCUCCACCAACGGGCUAUGUGGAAACGGUCCAACCUGUCUGGGUUCCUCUUUCGGGGACUGCUGCUUGCUAUCGGGAUAUUGUGACAGUACUUCUGACUACUGCGCUGCGGGACUCUGCGACUCUACAUCUGGUAGUUGUAUCUCGGGCAAUCCGAUCUCUUUAGACGGGCUCUGUGCCUCCCUGUCAUCAACCAAUGCAACAUGUACCGGAAGCCGAUUUGGAUCUUGUUGCUCCACGGGUGGAUAUUGCGGUAACACUUCUGACUAUUGUGGCUACAAGACGUGCCAAAGCGCGUUUGGAAGCUGCAUUAAGGCUCCUCCAGUCAGUUCAGAUGGCUUGUGUAGUGCCUUAUCAACUUCUAAUACCACCUGUACUGGUAGUCCAUUUAGCAACUGUUGUUUAAAUAACAGAUACUGUGGCAGCACCUCCGACUACUGUGCCUAUAACAAUUGUUUAUCUGCAUUUGGGACCUGUAAUACUGGCCCCACAGUCAGCGCAGAUGGCUUAUAUAAAGUGCUUUCUUCCUCUAACGCUACCUGCGCGGGUAGCACCUUCGGUGACUGCUGUUCCAUUAAUGGGUACUGUGGAAGUACAGACGAAUACUGCGGUAUUAGCUCUUAUGACUUGUCCUAUGGCACUUGUGAGGACGGAUUGUGCGGCUCCAUAUCAUUUGUUAACACCAGCUGUGCGGGCAGCCAGUUUGGUGACUGCUGCUCUACAAGCAGCUACUGUGGCAGCAGCGACGCAUAUUGCGGAGUUAGUCAGUAUCAGUCUGCCUUUGGCAAUUGCAUUUAG